AUGGAAAUCGUCAACAUGCUUAAGAUCAGUGGGACGUUUAUUGCAAUGCUAGCCGUGGUACGUUCCGAACCUCCGGUUAAUUCGUAUCUACCUCCAAGAACGGGCACCUCUGGUGCGAAUGGCGGUCGGAUCGAUCUGUCCACUCAGUACGGAGCGCCGGAUUUCAAUAACAGGGGUGAUGUUAAUGGAAACAGUGGCGCAACAAGUUUUGGAGGGCCCGGCACAGGUAAUGGUCCGUCAAAACUUUACGACGUACCCAUCAGAGGAAAUGCUGGCGGAAAUGGUUUAGGUCAGUUUCGAGGAAAUGGAUUUGAGGGUGGACAACCUUCUAGCUCUUACGGCGCUCCUAACGCUGGUUUUGGUGAGAACCGUGGCAACGGAGGAAGACCGUCGACUAGCUAUGGCGUUCCCGACUCAAGUGGGAAUAAUAGGGGUGGUUUCGGAAAUGGAGGUACCGAAGGAAGACCAUCCACUAAUUAUGGCGCUCCCGAUGCAAGCAGGAACAACGGCGGUGGUUUCGGAAAUGCAGGUAACGAAAGAAGACCGUCAACUAGCUACGGUGUUCCCGCUGCGAAUGGGAACCAAGGUGGUUUUGGAAGUGGAAGUAUCGGAGGAAUGCCAUCGACCAGCUAUGGUGUUCCUGGCGCGAAUGGAAACAACGGGGGUGGUUUCGGAAACGUAGGAAGACCAUCGACUAGCUAUGGUGUUCCCGCUGCGAAUGGGAACCCAGGUGGUUUUGGAAGCGGAAGUAUCGGAGGAAGGCCAUCGACCAGCUAUGGUGUUCCUGGCGCGAGUGGAAACAACGGAGAUGGUUUCGGAAACGGAGAUAUCGGAGGAAGGCCGUCAACUAGUUAUGGCGUUCCCGGGGCAAACGGAAACCACGAGAGCGGGAACGGUGGCAGCGGAAGACCCUCGAGUAAUUACGGCGUACCUGGAGUAAAUGGAAAUACGAAUGGUAAUCGCUUUAAUGGAAAUAGUGGCGGAGGACCAUCGAAUAACUACGGAUCUCCGAAUGAAAAUGGAUUCGGUAAAGGAUUAUUAACCAGUUACGGUUCACCUAAUAGAGGUGAAAAAAAUGAUGAUCGUAAUCAGUCGGGAGGCUCAAAUAGAGGAAGUUUUGGACACGGUGCAAUUAACGGCUAUUCAUCUGGAAGUCCAAAUGGGAAUUUCGGGCACGGCGAUGAAAGUUUUAGAAGAGGGGGGGAAGAUGGAGGAAGAAGUAUUGGCGGGGGUUACAAUGACAACGCGCAAGAAGAAAGUACUGAACCGGCGAAAUACGAGUAUUCAUAUAAAGUGAAGGAUCAGCAAACCGGCAGCGAUUAUAGUCACACGGAGACUAGAGAUGGUGAUCGUGCUCAAGGCGAGUUCAACGUUUUGCUUCCAGAUGGUAGGAAGCAGAUUGUUGAGUAUGAGGCUGAUCAGGAUGGAUUUAAACCGCAAAUUAGAUACGAGGGCGAAGCGAAUACCGGCGGAUAUGGCGCCGGAGGACUGAAUGAUAACAAUGACGGUUAUUCUUCUGGUCGACCGGGUAGCGAAAACGGAGGCUUUGCGAAUAAUUCAGGAUUUAAUGGAGGCAGCAGUAACGGUGGUUAUCCAAGUGGUGGUCCCGGCGAGGGAAAGCUUGGUGGAUUUAAUAGCGGAGACAGCAGCGGUUAUCAGUCAUCGGGAAGACCAGGACAAUCCUUUGGCCGAGAUAACGCUGGUGAUUUGAGCAAUGACAUCGGCGGCUACUUUUCCAAUCCUCCUAGUAACAACAUUAGCGGUGGUGACAAUGCGAAUGUUGGAAACAAUAGACAAAACGGCGGUAACAGUGGAUAUCAAUAUUAA